AUGUCAGAGAAGAAAAGAGUGCACGGUGCUCCACUAAUCUACACUCCUAUGGGUUCUUCUGGUAACGAUUUCUCUGAAGACCCAUCGGGGCUACAACAUCUUGUUUGGAAUGACACCACCGACUGGAGCUCAGAGUUCUGGCCGGAAUGGCCCGAUACGCUUGGGCUUGAGCUUCUUGACGAUGUUGUCAAUCCAUCAAGUUCGACUCGCCAACACAAUGUGGACAAUGCCAACGUUGCUCAACUUUCCUUGCCAUCUCUUGACCACGAACUAGCACCUGCUCUGUCUGGCUAUCGUCCUGAGUUGCCUACCAUAGCUGGAGCAAGGGAUCCGUUCUUUGGAUCUCUCGAGCCUCUGCCAUUCUCCGAUGUUACUCUCGAUGAUCUUGUUGCCGCAGGGCCUCAUCCAGUCGCCACACCUCAAGAUAUUGAGCAAACUUCCCAGCUGCUCCAUCCGCAGUCACACCCAUGCGACACACUCACGGUCGGCAGGACACUUACACCAUCAACCGUGCAAGUCCUGAACACUUGA